AUGCCACAGGCACGGUACCGGUCACUGCCUCCGCAAACCCCUCUGUGGCAGCCAUGGCAACAAACAGGGGGCCUUGAUCGCUCGUGUGUCCUUAACCACAUGACGGACCCGGCCGGUAAAGGUGUUGCAACAGUGAUGCUGAUGGAAUUGAGGUACGGCGAAUCCAGCUGGCCAGUGGACCUGGAUCUGGCAGGCCAGACGAACUCGCUAAACAGUGAUAUGCAAGUAAUUAUGACAACGAGUCGGCCGACGCACACGCUGAGUGGGGCGACUUCGGUGGUAGGCACUGCUCUAGCGCUGUGGGUAUCUUUGUUCAGUUGUGUGACCAAUGAUACUUGCCUUUGGACCAUUCUGCAGCAAUAUGUACGCGCCUUCAACCAACGAGGUCCACCUACUCAACCUCACCAGCCAGCCAGUAAUUAG